GAUUUUUCAGUUUUAAAAAAAUCGAUUGUCACUUUCAAAUCUGGAAUUUUCUCUGGGUUGAUAAGAAACUGUACAAUCCACAAGCCAUUUUCUCAUCCUCAAAAACUCCAUCUGAACUCCAGAACACAGCAUUUUGUAACUGUGAAACAAGCUCAAAGAUUUUCUGAUCUUGUAACACUACUAUUUGAUCUGCAAUACUAUUAUUUCCUCAAAGUUUGAGUAAUUAAAAUCAAUAAAGUUUUAAUCUUUUCUGUUUUUUUGGUACUUAAAAUUGGAUUCUUGAUUUUAAUUGGUACUAUGGGGUUUGAUAAAGACAAAGCAAGUUCAUCUUCCCAUGUCUUACAAAUCCCAAGAGAAGAUACACCACUUUUAGCAGACACCCAACACCUUUCUUCAUCCUCCAAGACUUUUGCUAAUGUUUUCAUAGCAGUAGUUGGAGCUGGAGUUCUUGGCCUUCCUUACAGCUUCAAGAAAACAGGAUGGGUCAUGGGUACUCUCAUGCUUUUAUCAGUAGCCUCCCUUACUUACUAUUGUAUGAUGCUUCUGGUCUAUUCAAGGCGUAAGCUUGAAUCCCAUUACAAAGUUGCCAAGAUCUCAUCUUUUGGUGAUUUGGGAUAUGCUGUGUGUGGAUCCAUUGGUAGAUGUACUGUUGAUGCUAUGAUUGUUCUUUCCCAAGCUGGUUUUUGUAUCAGUUACUUGAUUUUCAUAGCUAAUACUUUAGCACACUUAUUCAAUUAUUCUGUUACAAAUUCAAGUCCCAAAAUCUUGGGUUUGUCAGCUAAAAAGGUGUAUAUUUGGAGUUGUUUCCCAUUUCAGUUGGGGUUGAAUUCAAUUCCUACACUCACCCAUUUAGCCCCUUUGAGUAUAUUUGCUGAUGUUGUUGAUUUAGGUGCUAUGGGGGUAGUUAUAGUUGAGGAUGUGUUAAUUUUUCUCAAGAACAGACCAGUUCUUGAAGCAUUUGGUGGGUUAAGUGUUUUCUUCUAUGGCCUUGGUGUAUCUGUCUAUGCUUUUGAAGGAGUUGGAAUGGUUUUACCUUUGGAAGCAGAGAUGAAAGACAAGGACAAAUUUGGGAAAAUUUUGGGUUUGUCCAUGGCUUUCAUUUCUUUGAUGUAUGGUUCUUUUGGAGUAUUGGGUUAUUUUGCCUUCGGUGAAGAGACCAAGGAUAUAAUCACUACUAAUCUUGGGAGGGGAUUGUUAAGCACCUUAGUGCAGAUUGGACUUUGCAUAAAUCUUUUUUUUACUUUCCCACUGAUGAUGAACCCUGUUUAUGAAGUGAUGGAAAGGAGAUUUUGUGAAGGAAGAUACUGCUUUUGGUUGAGAUGGAUUGUGGUGUUGGCAGUCACUUUAGUGGCAUUGAUGGUGCCAAAUUUUGCUGAUUUCUUGUCACUAGUUGGGAGCAGUGUGUGCAUUGUUCUUGGCUUUGUGUUGCCUGCUAUGUUUCACUUAAUUGUGUUCAAGAAAGAACUAGCCUGGCAUGGUUUGGCUUUUGAUGCUGCACUUGUUUUAAUGGGUGCAGUUUUUGCAGUCUAUGGAACCUACUCUUCCAUGCUGGAGAUCUUUGGAGUCAAAGCUUGAAGUUGGCUACUUGCUGCUUAUUACAAUUUAAUUGAAUCAUGAAACAUAUAUCGUGUACUCUCUGGCUUAGGUUGAGUUCAAGUUACUCCCAAGGACAUAUUUAAUUUGUCAUGUCGUUUGAGUCAACAGAGAUGAAUAAUGCAGGAAAAAAAAUGUGUAUGUAUAAUAAGAUCAGACUGAUUCUCCUAUGAGAAUAAGUUUUCCAUAAGUUCCCACCUGCUUGUAUUAAAUUUUCUUCCACCAAAGGUCAUUGAUAAGUAAUCUUUGCCCAACUGUUUUGGCUAUUAUAAGAAUCGUGCAGUUAA